AUGUGUUAUUUUCAAGAAAGAAAAUUGUUUCCAGAACUUGGUAGUUGUUCCAAAUUAAAAGAUGGUGUUAUUUGUGAAGUGAACAACACCAAGAUGUCAGUGACAAACAUUUUCGUCUUAAUCACCGCAAUCAUCGCUGCCAACGGGGAAGCAUUACACAUGAGUCCCGAUAUUAUGGUUCAACCCAGCACUCAGGGUUCCUAUCGUGACAAGCUGUUAGAUACGCUGACCAGCCUAAAUCCAAUCAAUAUCACUCACACUAAUAAAUUUGACUUGAUAAGACAGUUACAGUCUAGACUUGACGGUUUUCAAACAUUACCGAUAAUCAGUACUACCAACACCGAACACAUCGUUAACCAGCACGAACGUCAAAGGGCCAAGAUUAACUAUGAGGCUCACAUGACAUACUUAAGUGUAUUAUCUUGGAUACGUCAACAACGGGCAUUCGAGAUGAAGAAUAGAUUCCGGGGAUUGAAAUCAAAAAACAGAAUUCGACGACAGUCUUCAAAAAAAAAGAAUACCGAUAUUACAACUGAAGACCUAAUGCUCGUAAAACACAGAACAAAUCGUAUUAAUCGUUAUAUAAAAUGUUUAAUGAUACUUCCAACUCUUACGUCUAUACUGACAAUUCCAAGUGAUUGUUUUCCAACAAAUUAUAAUUAUGAGUAUAGAGACGAUUUUUAUUCUUGA